UAUACAGUAUAUAAUAUGCUUAUAAUAUACGUUCGAUAGACGUUUGUGUUGAAACGGAGUUUAGUGCUUUUGAGGAAACGAAGAAGGUUGUAUAAGAUAUAUAAGCGCCGUCUUUUCCUCGAAUCAUUCGAACGCCGUUGCAUUAAUAUUGAAGUUGAAACUGAUCUGAAACUUACCAAGGACAACACAGCACAUAUUUAUAACCUCCAGACAUUCGAUUAAUAAAAAAACGAAAGAUAAUGUCGGCUCUUGUUGCGAAGAAUCUUCCUCGUCUUAAUAAUUUUAUAGUGCCCCAAGCCAGUUAUAUGUGGGAGCCUGCCCGAUUUAAUCGAAAAAAUUAUGCAACCGUUUCAAAAUCAACACCUGGAAAGAAGAACAUUGUAUAUAUCGAUGGAGUUAGAACUCCAUUUUUGUUAUCAAAUACAGAUUACGGCAGACUUAUUGCACAUGAUCUAGCUAGAGAGACUCUUGUUAAUUUGCAACGAAAAACUGGCAUUCCUAAAGAAGAAAUAGAUUACGUUGUUUAUGGUACUGUUAUGCAAGAAAUAAGAACUUCAAACAUUGCCAGAGAAGCCGCUUUAGCCGCUGGUUUUAGCGAACAUACUCCAGCUCAUACAGUUACCAUGGCCUGCAUUAGUAGCAAUGUUGCUUUAACAACUGGAAUAGGCUUAAUACAUUCUGGAAUAUAUGAUACUAUUAUUGCUGGUGGUGUUGAAUUUAUGACUGACAUUCCAAUCAGACACAGUCGUGCAAUGAGAGCUUUGAUGUUAAAAGCAAGUAAAGCAAAAACGCCAGCUCAAAAGCUAUCGUUACUGUCAACAAUAAGGCCCAGCCAUUUUGUUCCAGAUUUACCAUCGGUAGCUGAAUUUUCAACAAAUGAAACUAUGGGUCAUAGCGGUGACAGACUCGCCGCUGCAUUUAACGUUUCUCGAGAAGAGCAAGAUGAUUAUGCCAUGCGUUCACAUUUAUUCGCAGCUCAGGCAUAUAGCGAUGGAAAUUUGACUGAUUUGGUGCCAAUCGUAGUUCCUGGUACUAAGAAGGCUAUUAAGCAAGACAAUGGUAUUAGAGUAUCGACAAAGGAACAGUUAGCAAAAUUGAAACCAGCUUUUGUGAAACCUUAUGGAACGGUUACGGCUGCCAAUUCUUCAUUUCUUACAGAUGGUGCCUCUGCUGGCUUAAUUAUGACAGAAGAGAAAGCUAAACGACUUGGAUUAAAACCCAAAGCAUACAUGAGAGAAUUCACUUACGUUUCCCAGGAUCCUAAAGAUCAACUUUUAUUAGGACCUGCCUAUGCCAUUCCUAAAGUCUUAGAAAAAGCUGGCCUCACUUUAAAAGAUAUUGGAGUUUGGGAGGUGCACGAAGCAUUUGCCGCUCAAAUUUUGGCUAAUCUCAAAGCACUUGAUUCUGAAUUCUUUGCUCAGAAAUAUUUGAAACGUUCCAGUAAGGUUGGUGUUCCCGAUCUAAAAAAGUGGAACGCUUGGGGUGGUUCUCUAUCUAUCGGACAUCCAUUCGCAGCAACUGGUAUUAGAUUAGCUACUCACACAGCGAAUAGAAUGAUUAAAGAAGAUCAACAAUUUGGUCUUAUUGCAGCUUGUGCUGCUGGCGGUCAGGGUGUUGGGAUGAUAAUGGAAAGAUAUCCAGGUGCAACGGUUUAAGUUAAAAAAUUAUUGAAUAUACAAGCAAUAUUAAUAAAUUGUUAAUGUAUAUGAUUUAAGUAAUUGUAUCUGCAACUUGGACUUCCACUUUAAACCGCGAAAAGCUAUUUCGCAUCUUAUAUU